AUGGCAGCGCCAGGCCAUCACGCGCACCAUCUCUUCGGGAGCGCCGCCGGACUGGCAACCCUCAUCAUCACCAUCGGCUAUGGAGCAUUCGCAGAUUAUCAGGUAGCCACAGACACACGCGCAAUCAUCACGGACUCGAGCACUCUUGUGAUGCCAUCGCCCUCGAUUCCACUUGCUGCUGCGCCCAGCGCUUCGACAACCAGAGUGGACAAUGGUUUCUGUUAUCCGCUCAAUGGGACAGGGGUCACCUGGAGCAUGUGCGUGGUACCACACGACUAUCAUGCAGUUGGCUCUCGCUUCGCGGCACCUCUGCCAGACUGGUUCGCGCUCUGCUUCUUUCUGCUACUUUGUCUCCUCAGCGCUUGUUGUCUUGUGCUUAUAGCCAAGGCCGCCGACGCACUCUCCACCAGAAUCGAGACCAUCUGCCGUCGGAGGUCUCCUCGUGCUAUACUACGUCUCUACGACUAUGCCCGUGUGGCUUACGCAUCAUACACACAAACAGUGGCAUUGGCUUCCAUCAUACCAAGACUGCUGAGCCAAGACAUCGCACUUCCUUGGUGGACGACACCGGCGCUUCUCCUCGUGGCCAUUCUAAGCACAGCUUGGUACCCGCCUCAGAAUAAGCUCGAGAUCGCGCAUACAAUCAUCGCACACAAAGAUGAAGAAAUCGCAACACUCAAAGCCAGUCUAUGCACCUCCCGAACCGACCAAGACGAGGCGACUGCACAGCUGGAGAUUCUAAGGGUAGAUCUAGAGGUAGCUCAGCAAGACUUGGCCCAAUGUCGAGGAGAGAAUGCCAGAUCUGGAGCAGACUUACACAAUGCUUUGAGGGCAAAUCGCGACCUCUCCAAUGGCUUGAGAGUAUGCCAGCAAGAGCUACAUGCAUCGAAACAUGCUGUCCAAGGCUUAGAGAGCAUACUUGAAGAUCUCCGAAUUGCACACUAUCUUCAGAAGCAUGACUUUCAGCGACACAGCCUGGAUCACGAAGCGCAGCUUGAGAAGAAGCUAGGCCAAGCGCAAUCUCGCAACGUCAGUCUGCGCGAGGAGAACCGUAGGCUGCACCGUAAGCAUGCACGUUGUCGGUCUGGUUCCUCUGUGAACCUCAACAACGGGGACACAGGCGCAAAGACGUCCUCAGCUGACCGUCAGGGGAAGAGUCCAGAGCUUGGAGUGGACCUGAGGGACCACAAAGGGGAAGGAAACAUUCCAACACACAUCCAGCGAGAAUCUGAGGCUGCGUUUGGACUGGAGAAGGGGGACGACUCGGUGGCCGUCCCAGUGAUCGAACUCUCGCUUGACGUCGAUACAACGUUCAGCAACUCUGCCGUCAUACCCUCGCUUGGCGAGAAGCCGUCCGUCAUGGACUCACUCGGGACAUCCGUCUCGCCUUCCUCGAUUCACCCGCCCUCUUGA